AUGUCUGCGGCACGAAGAGCCACCACGGUCAUAGCUGCUAACCGUUUCUCUGUUUUCAAAUUGUCCAAGGUGAGAACUUCGACUAGCUCCUUGAGGUCCGCGAUGAUCUCCUCCGGUGUGAGGGAGGAACGCCCUCGGACGACGACGACGAUGACAAAGAUGGCGGGAGCACCAGGGCGAGCGGCACGGAAGGAGACCGAGGGAGGAAGAGGAGGAGGAAGACCGGGAAGUUCGUCUGACGACGAAGGAGAUUCUGUCGCGAACACCGAACGACGAGCAGCGGGCGGCGGGCGAGCGACGGGCAAAGAACGAGAAGUUGUCGAGACCUUCCUCUGCUUAGCAGGGGAAGGGGGAAGGAAGGAGCAGACGCCAGAGGUGGACGAUGCACAUCGUGUACCACGGUUGCGUUCACACUCCUCACCCUUGGGAGCCAGCUCCCACCUUCCAGGUUGGGCCGCGAGGAGGACCAAGAGACUGGCCAAAGUUCUUACCGUUUUCGAGCGAGGAACAGGCGAGGAAGAGGGGGCUUCAACCCGUACCCGUUUGCGAGCGGGGGUGGGCGAGGACAAAGCGGACAAAGAGGAAGAGGACACCGAUAUUGGUGAAGAAUUUUGUCGAUGUCUCUUCCUAGGAGACCGAAGGAUGGAAGAUUUUCUUGUUAAACUCGCCUCUUUCGAGGGAGUUUUUCUCUUGGCCGGGGUCGAGGACGGACCGGCGACGGGAGCGGGAGGCGCGGAAGACGAGGAAGACGCCGACAGCGAAGCGAGAGCAGCCGAGAGAGAAGAGAGGCGAAGGCCAGCCGAGCUGGCAAGGCGGCGGACGAAGGAGGAAGGGGGAGCAGGAGGGGGAGACUGA